UUGAAAAGGCACUCUGGCAGUUUGGCUUGCUUGUGUUGCUGCUGCUACCUCACUCAUUGUAGUUAGUUUACUAUCAGUUGUGGCUAGUUGUAGGUCCUGCUUUCGGACGAUCCGCAUACCAUGGAUGUAUCCACUCGUGAACAGUCUGAAAUGAGUUAUCCUUAGCGGAGGGACUGGACUGAACAUGACCAGACAGAGAAAGCAUGUUUUCCAAAUCUCCAGACAGACAGACAGACAGACAGGCAGAGAGGCAGAGUUCGCCCGGGUUUUGUUGAGUGAAGACCGGUCUGUUUUCUCUUCACCCUCGCUAUGAAGGACCGUCUCGACCUCUCCGUUGCCGGAGCUCCUCGGAAACGCUUAACGGACAACUGACGAGAAAGUGAAGGAAGUUUGAAGCUCGUCCAUCACCGGCUGACCUUGGUCGUCGAUCUUCGCCAGGAUGCCCGAUGAACUGACACCUGUCCUCUACGUGGUAAUGGAAGUGGCCAUCGCCAUCUCUUCUGUGAUCGGGAACGUGAUGGUGGUCUGGGCGGUGAGAAUGAACCGCUCGCUGCGGGACACGACCUUCUACUUCAUCGUCAGCCUGGCCCUGGCUGACAUCGCGGUGGGCGCGCUGGUCAUCCCGCUGGCCAUCACCAUCAGCAUCGGGCUCACGACUCAUUUCUACAGCUGCUUGCUGGUGGCCUGCACGGUGCUCGUCCUGACGCAAAGCUCCAUCCUAGCUCUCCUCGCUAUUGCCAUUGACCGCUACCUGAGGGUCAAGAUACCUAUGAGCUAUAAGCGGGUGGUGACACCGAAACGAGCCGGGACAGCGGUGGUCGUAUGCUGGAUGGUGGCCAUCAUUGUGGGCCUGACUCCUAUGUUGGGCUGGAACAACUUGGCGAAGGUAACCAACAACUCCGCCAACCUACUUAUCACCUGCCGGUUUGAAACAGUCAUCAGCAUGGAGUAUAUGGUCUACUUCAACUUCUUCGGCUGGGUGCUGCCCCCACUUGUCCUAAUGCUGCUUAUAUAUGCGGAGAUCUUCUACAUGAUCCACAAACAGCUUAAUAAGAAAGUGACGGCCAGCCAGACUGACCCCAGCCGUUAUUAUGGCAAAGAGUUGAAACUGGCCAAAUCUCUCGCUCUUGUGCUAUUUUUGUUUGCUAUUAGCUGGCUGCCACUGCACAUUCUAAACUGCAUCACUCUCUUCAGCCCAAACUUGGAGAAAAAGAUCCUCAUCUACAUCGCUAUUUUGCUUAGUCACGGCAACUCAGCUGUCAACCCCAUUGUGUAUGCCUUCCGCAUCAAGAAGUUCCGCAACGCUUUCCUCAAGAUCUGGAAGCAGUACUUCUGCUGCAGGGAAAUGUCCCGUCAGGCCAAUCGAGGCAGCCAGCGAAGGGAGAGCCAGGAGAGGAGAGUGAGACGUAACAUUGACAUUUGAUCCCACACUGGAGCCUUGGGGUACACCCCUGUCUAGUAGGAGGUCUGCUAUGGUGAUUAUUUUUGGUGGACGUCUUCAUGGGAAUGAAGUGUGGGUGAGCUGCUGUCAGUUUAUCCUUAGCAUCUAGGCCAGUGACCCUAUGAUGUUUUGACCCCACACUGUAAAAUAAUAUUCUGUUAUAUUCAAGCUAACGUUGAGACCAAACAUCAACCAUGGCAUUUCCCCCGAAAUAUUCACUAUAGUCACAUAGUCAAUGGUGCGAUGAAUGUAGCCCACCAUCUGUGAAGGCCCAUCAAAUAUAUGAAAACUGCCUGUUUUAGUGGAAGCGCCACACAGUCCAAAUGGCAUUCAUUUGUGGCAAGCACUGGUUCUGAUGAGACUCGCAAGCCUUACUGCAACUACUGUGAAGUGCUUUAAACCACAACAGGCAUUAACUAGACAAAGUGUCAGAGUUGGCUUGGGGAAAUGUCAGUAAGCCACCUGUCCUGCAUUUUAUUACAUGUUUCUUUUGAGUCAGUGGCACUGCAGUAUUAAGAGUCAUACCUUUUAUGAGUCUGAACUAGAUCUUCUUGUGGAAGGACACGGAGAACACGAUUUGAUGAAGUAACGUUUUCAACUGACAAAUCCAAUUCCUUGGAAGAUGAAUGGUUUUAUUAGAGCGGCGAAUUGCAAUUUAUCGCGCUCCAUAAUCAUAAACAGACAAACAUGCAGUCAAGACGAUUGCUUCCUUUGCCUUAAACAGAACUUUGAUCUGCUUGAUCCACUCCUUUGCUGCUUGAAAUGAAAUUUCAGUCAUGUUUUACAAAUAUUUUUAUUUUAUCUAAUGUUUAUUAUGAUUUGUUGCCAGAAAAGGUUUACUCAUCUCAUUUGUAUUACAGCUGUGACUACAGUAAGCACUGGAAGAUGCAGUAGAGUAACUCGGCAGUUAAUAAUAUUUUUUUCGUAUCUUCUUGUAUGUAAGUGUCCAAGUCUAACAGCUACCUUGUAUAAUGUAUUGGAAGCGCACCACUUGAUCAUACCUUGCUUGAUUAUCUUUUUGAGGAACGGUUAUGAGCAUAAUGUGCUUAACUGUAGACCAACCAAGCAUUUGAUAUCUGUAAUGCUUUGAGCAGGAGAACCGAGAAGCAAGUGUGAAACAACAGACAAGACAGAACCAUGAAUAAACCUAGUUUGAACGAUAUUAACCAAGAUGGCUGGUAUUGUUUUUAUGUUCAGCCAAUAACCCAUACUGUGAUGCUCAGCUCGCAAGGAGCAGUACCUUGUACUAUAUA